CUUCUUUUUCCGUCUUUACUGCACGGUGGUUUUAGGUUAGGGUAACUUGUCACAUAAAUUUUUAUAAGAAAAUCUGGAUUUUACUAUUCUAAACAAUGGGGACGUGUAGUGAGUACAUUAAAAAUGUUUUUCCUGCGAUAGAUGAAGAAUCUAAACAAUAUGUAGAAGGUGUAUUAUUAAAUGGUGCGGAUGAUUUUGAGGAUAGUGAAGAAGUAUAUGAUGCAGUAGGAGAAGUUCUAAAAGAAAUUUCGAACGACAAGUCCGAAGAUGAUAUUAGAAAUAUCUGCAAUGAUCUUCUAUGCAUGUUAAAACCGGAUAAAGGAGAAAAGGCUACUAACGGGGCUAUGAAAGUUUUAAAUGCGCCAGUACAUUUGGGGUCAAUGGUAGACAAUACGGAUACAAAUAUUGAUGAUGUUAAAAGUAUAUGGCUUAUACAACGGGAUGAUUCUCUGAAAGUCGAUGCAAGAAAACUAGAAAAAGCUGAAGCUAAGCUACAAGAAAAAUUAGACAAGAGAACGAAAGAAAUAAAGGUUAUAGCACCGCCCAAACUACAGACCGCUACAGCAUCGCAAGUUACCAGCAAAAAGGACAGCAAACUAGAAGCCAAAGGUACCAAUAGGACACAGGACAUAAGAAUAGAAAACUUCGAUGUUGCUUAUGGAGAUAGGGUUUUGCUUCAAGGAGCUGAUCUAACUCUUGCUAGUGGUAGAAGAUAUGGUCUUGUAGGUAGAAACGGUUUAGGAAAAAGUACUCUCCUAAGGAUGAUUUCUGGAAGCCAAUUAAGAAUACCCUCCCACAUAUCAAUUCUUCAUGUGGAACAAGAAGUUGUAGGUGAUGAUACUGUAGCCUUAGAUAGUGUACUAGAAUGUGAUACUGUGCGCGAAGAAUUGUUAAAAAAGGAAAAAGAAAUUAGUGCUGCAAUUAAUAGUGGAUCGGUUGAUCCACAACUAAACAGUCAAUUGACAGAAGUGUAUAAUCAAUUACAAAACAUAGAAGCCGAUAAAGCACCUGCCAGGGCUUCUAUUAUCUUAAAUGGUUUAGGUUUCACGUCCGAAAUGCAACAGAACGCCACUAAGACAUUUUCUGGAGGGUGGAGGAUGAGAUUGGCAUUAGCUCGUGCUCUUUUCUCUAGACCUGAUCUCUUACUUCUUGAUGAACCUACUAACAUGUUGGACAUUAAAGCGAUCAUCUGGUUAGAAAACUAUUUACAAAACUGGCCUACGACGUUACUGGUAGUUUCUCACGAUCGCAAUUUCUUAGACACGGUGCCUACUGAUAUUCUACACCUUCACUCUCAAAGGAUAGAGGCCUACAGGGGAAAUUAUGAGCAAUUUGAGAAAACAAAGACGGAAAAAUUGAAGAACCAACAACGAGAAUAUGAGGCGCAAAUGCAGCAAAGACAGCACGUCCAAGAGUUCAUCGAUAGGUUUAGGUAUAACGCAAACAGAGCCGCAUUGGUGCAGUCUAAAAUAAAAAUGUUGGAAAAACUUCCUGAAUUGAAGCCUAUUGUGAAAGAAACAGAAGUUGUAUUAAGAUUACCAGAGACAGAACCAUUGUCGCCUCCCAUUUUACAACUAGACGAAAUAUUGUUCCGGUAUAACUCCGAACGAGUUAUAUUUAGCAACGUCAACCUCGGAGCUACCAUGGACUCCAGAAUAUGUAUCGUCGGUGACAAUGGCGCUGGUAAGACUACCCUUCUCAAAAUCAUUAUGGGAAUAUUAUCUCCGACAUCUGGUAUGAGAAACGUGCACCGGAAUCUUAAAUUUGGAUAUUUUAGUCAGCAUCACGUGGAUCAGUUAGAUAUGAACGUCAAUUCCGUAGAACUUUUACAACAAACAUAUCCCGGUAAACCAAUCGAAGAAUAUAGAAGGCAACUGGGCAGUUUUGGUGUUUCCGGUGAUUUAGCUCUCCAAACAGUAUCGAGUCUCUCUGGAGGUCAAAAAUCGAGAGUAGCCUUCGCUACGAUGUGCAUGGGCCGACCUAACUUCCUAGUUCUCGACGAACCUACGAAUCACCUGGACAUAGAAACGAUAGAAGCCCUCGGCAAAGCCUUAAAGAAGUACACGGGAGGUGUAAUUUUAGUAUCUCACGACGAACGUCUGAUAAGAAUGGUCUGCAGCGAAUUGUGGGUCUGCGGAAACGGAUCGGUCAAAAGCGUGGAGGGAGGUUUCGACGAAUACCGCAAGAUCGUCGAGCAGGAGUUGGAGGCUGCGGCGCAGUCGAAAUAGCAUUUCUAAACAAAUUAUUUAUACGGUAAUAAAAAAAAUAAAAGCACUGUGAUUGAGGCAUGUUGAAGCUGAGAUUGACUGUUCCGGAUAAUAUUGUUUUUGUGUAUGAUGAUGAUGUAAUUUAUUUAUUUAACAAAUAUAUAAUGCCUUUUUCCAAUAUUA